AGCGAGGGUGUGUGAGGAAGCAAUAUUAAUAUACAUUUCCUGAGAUUCAAAAACUUGGAAACCAUAUUGAAAUAAAGAUGGAAAAUGAAAACUAUGAUGCAGCCAUAUGGAAUGGGAUUCUGUUUGGAGGGGUAACCAUAGCGAUCAUCAUCUGCAGAAUCCUGUACAAUCACAUCACGUCAAGGCUUCCACCUACAUUGCCAUGGUUACCGAAAGUUGGAAGCAUACCAUUUAUCAAUACGGAGAACCGUUUAGAGAUGUUGGUGAAUUUGAAGCAAAAGUAUGGUGAUGCGUGUAUGAUGUACCUAGGAACAAGGCCUGUGGUAAUGCUAAAUAGCUACCAAGCCAUCCAAGAAAUCCUGGUUCGAAAAGGAAACCACUUCAAUCAUCGUCCAUAUCUGCUGGGCUUAAAUGAGCUUUUAAACAGCAAAGAUCAAGAUUCAUUUAUCACAUCAUCCGGAUCAACCAAUGAGAAAAUGCACAGAUUCACAGAUGAUGCCCUGGAGGUGCAACUCCACCCUACCACAGGUACAUUCCAAAGCAAUCUCCAAGAAGAGCUGAAAGUGUUAUUCAAGGAGAUAGAUGCAUUGAAAGGGAAGGCUGUGGACUAUGAGGAGCUGCUACUGACUUGCUGUUCGAAUGUGAUGAAUCGGGUCCUUAUUGGGAAGAGACUGGAGGUAUCAAGUACAGCCUUCCAGCAACAGUUACAAGCUCACAAAGACAACAUCGAAGCACUUUGUAACUCAAAAUGCCUGACUGUUGACCCAACUCUGCGUUUCAUCCCUGGGUUCAGGGGGGCGUAUGAUACACUCAAGUGGGCAGCGGACACAAGACGCAAUAUCGGGGAAGGACUGAUGAAUGUGCGAGGCCAGGGAGGAUGGUUGCAGCUCUGUGAGAUGAAUGCAAACAAACCAAAGGGAGCAGUGUGGUCUGAUGAUAUAUCUGAGAGUACACUGAAGUUGAUGAUCCAGGACUGCCAUACUGGAGGGACAGAAACUAUGGCAAGGACCCUAAACACUGCUCUUAUGUACAUGGCAAUCAACCCAUCAAUACAAAAACAACUCCAGGAUGAGAUUGACAAAGUAAUAGGGGGAGCCACUAUCAAGAUGGCUGACCAGCAACGGUUGCCGCUUGUUCAAGCCACCAUCUUGGAAAUCCUCCGCCUGUCUCCAAUGUUGCCUCUGGGAAUGCCUCACAUGAGCCAUCAGGAUAACACUGUUGCUGGAUAUCUCAUCCCCAAGGAAACUGUGGUUUUCCCGAAUAUUUAUGCCAUUCAUCAUGAUGAGGCACUCUGGGAAAAUGCUGAGGAGUUUAAACCGCGGAGGUUCUUAGAUGCGAAUGGAAAGCUGAGUCAGACUGCGAAGAGUAAUCUGUUAACAUUCUCAUUAGGGAAUCGUAAGUGUCCAGGGGAGCAACUGGCCGAUCAGCAGCUGUUCCUAAUGAUGACAUCUUUACUACAACGCUAUUAUUUCGUGACACAAUCUAAAAUUGAUAAUUCUCAUUUGAAACAAAAUAUGGGGCUGAUGCUUCAUGCUCAACCAAUCAAAUUGUGUGUUAGAGCACGUUAGAUAAAAAACUUUCAGCCUUGACGUUACUGGGGUAGAGAUUCAUAGUGUGUGUUUGAGCUUAUUAAGUUAUGGUGGAUAGACAUUGGAGUUGAGUGUUAGUACAUAUUAGAUCAAAGAACUUUCAAGAAAUUUUCAAGAUGGCUGCUUAAUUUCAAAAUGGCAGCCAUUUUUCAUUAUCAAACUGAUUGUUGUUAGAUUAGGCUAGAUGUAGGACCUCAUCCUUUUAAAUGGACAAACAUUCAAGCUGUGUUUAAUGCACAUAAGAUAUUUAACGUUUUGUGUAACAUAUAAAUGGACAGUGCUUUUUAGCCUUUAUUUGGAGUUUUUAUUUAAUUAUGUUUAAGGAAGUUAAUGAUAGUGGUAUGAUAUUCCUUAAAGAUUGAACCAAGUAUCAAAAAUUAUGACCGAUUUUGUCCUUUCACUGGUAUUGUUUAUUGUUGUGACAGCCAUUUUGAAAUCAUAAACUCAAAAUGGCAGCCCCCACUAGGCUUCUUUACAAAACUUAAAAAGGUUUCAUAACUUAUUUAUAACCAAAAAUAUGAACAAAAAUACUUUAAGUAAAAAAAGAAGUCUAGACUGUUAACUCCUUUUAACAGCAAAUUUUCGAAAAAGAAGUUAACAUAUUUUUGUACUCGUAU